UCAGUUUCUCACCACUAGUGUUAACAGUGAUACCAACGUCAAAAUAAUAGGAAUAAACAAAUGGCGCUGGCUAAAAAGCUAUUGGAAGUCAAGAGAAGAAUAAUAUCUAAUUAUGGAAUAGGUUUUCACACAGUUUCAAAAAGGCUUUAUGAAAUGAAACACGAAGGAAAUGCAUCAAAAGAAACUCACUUUGGAUUUGAAACAGUAAAAGAAACUGAGAAAGCGGAGAAGGUUCAUUCUGUUUUUGAGACAGUGGCCAGCAAGUAUGAUCUUAUGAAUGAUGCAAUGAGUUUUGGUGUUCAUCGCGUUUGGAAAGACAUCUUCAUUCAGAGACUGGGUCCUACGGCAGAUACACUUUUGUUAGAUGUUGCAGGAGGCACAGGUGACAUUGCAUUCAGGUUCCUGAAAUAUAUGCACAUAGCAGGAAAGAUGAGUGGCAGAGUUACAGUGUGCGACAUAAAUGAAGCCAUGCUCGAUGUGGGCCAAUCACGGGCUGAGAAGUUGGGCUUUAGUAGUAAACAAAUUGAUUGGCUUCAAGCUGAUGCAGAAAAGCUUCCAAUAGAUGAUGCUUCGUUCACUGCAUAUACAAUAGCCUUUGGCAUCAGAAAUGUGACACACAUAGACAGAGUAUUGGAGGAGGCAUACAGAGUGCUGAAACCAGGAGGGCGUUUCAUGUGCCUUGAGUUCAGCCAACUGAACAACGAGAUGCUACAGUGGAUGUAUGAUCAGUACUCAUUCCAAGUGAUUCCAGUCAUGGGACAGAUCAUUGCUGGACAAUGGAAGCCGUAUCAGUACCUGGUCGAGAGCAUACGCCGGUUUCCCAAUCAGGAAGAUUUCAAAGCCAUGAUAGAGGAUGCAGGAUUUUGUCAGGUCAACUAUGAGAAUAUUUCAUUUGGUAUUGUGGCUAUACACUCAGGAUUCAAGCUUUGUUCAUAGUACCUGAUCUCAUACUUGAACUAUUAUGUAGACAAUAAUUACGGAAAUACAUAAUUUAAGUGGAACACAAAGAUCACCAGUCAUGUGUGAAUGUGAGUAGCCUCAUCAUCAGUCACUGUGAUGCUCCAAUAAAAUGUUUGUACCUAACAA